AUGCCUCCAAAAAAAGGUAGAACUUCAGCUAGUACACAAGGUACUAAAAAAUCUAUUAGAAAGAAAGCAACAGGGUCACCGCUUCCUAAGUAUAAAGAUUUGAUUGUUGAAGCUGUAUUAAGUCUAGGUGAACGUGGUGGUUCUUCACGGCAAGCUAUUAAAAAGUACAUUAAGGAUAAAUAUCCUGUUGGUACUAAUUUUGAUGGUCAGUUCAAUUUAGCUGUUAAGCGUGGAUUGGAUGCCGGUGAGUUGUCACAACCAAAGGGCCCCGCGGGGUCUAUUAAGCUGUUAAAACGGGCAAGCGAGUCUGUACGCAAGCCUAUCUCAGAAAAGAAAGUUACUAAAAAGAAGGUUGCUACAGUGAAAAAGAUUAGUGGCAAGAAGGUUGCAACGGUCAAGAAGAUGAGCGGGAAAAAAGUUGCAACGAGUAAAGCGGUAGCUAAGAAACCUGCUGCUACUAAGAAAGCUGUAACAAAGAAGACAACGGUUAUCUCUAAAAAGGCCGCUGCUGGUAAAAGAGGAUCGCUUAUUAAGACGCGUAGGGCGGCAAAGAGAGCUGUGAAGAGCACCUAG